AUGGGGGUUGAUUCAUGUGAUGUACGAGUAAAUGCCAAUGAAAUAAAUAAAUAUAAUUGUAACAGUUUGAUGAAAGUACAAGAUGAGAAUUUAAUAGAAGAAGUUAUGCAUUUUCCAACAGAUCUAGCAGAUUGGUCACGUACUGCGAGUUUUAUACAAUUUUGCGCAGUACAUGGGAUAGAUCAAAAUAACAACGACGAUUUUAUUGAAUCAAAAAAUCAAUAUUCAUUAGAUAAUGUAAGAUAUUGUAAUAAAUCCAUGUUUUUUUCAAAAUUACCAAAUGGUGAUCAAACUCCACGUUCAUGGCUUGUUUACUCUCGUAAAUUAGGAAAAGUUUUCUGCGCACCGUGUUGGCUAUUUAAAAAUGAAUUUUCCAAUUUAGCUAAUUGUGGAUUUAAUGAUUGGAAAAAUGCGCAUAUACGUUUUAAAGAACAUGAAGGGUCGUUAAAUCACAAAACAUGUUUACUAAAAUUGAAACAUUUAGGACAAGAAAAAGGAAGAAUAGACUCUAAGUUAUUUAUUCAAAUUGACCAUGAAAAAAUGUAUUGGAGAAAAGUUUUAGAGAGAGUAGUAUCUGUAAUUAAAACGUUAGCUUCACGUGGACUACCAUUCAGAGGACAAGAAGAAAUUUUUGGAUCACCUAAAAAUGGAAAUUACAUGAUGCUUCUUGAAUUGUUAUCCGAAUUUGACCCUUUCUUAGCUCAACACAUUUCGAAAUAUGGUCAUUCUGGUAGUGGUUCUACUUCAUAUCUAUCAUCAACAAUUUGUGAAGAAAUUAUUAAUUUAAUGGUCAAAAAAGUUAAAGAAGUAAUCAUAAAUGAUAUUAAAAAACGUAAAUAUUACUCAAUAUUUAUUGACUCUACGCCUGAUAUAACACAUUCUGACCAACUUGCUUUUAUACUUCGCUAUGUCAGCAAUGAAGGUGUACCGAUCGAACGAUUUUUAGAAUUCAUACCAAAAGUUGGACAUAAAUCUUUGGAAAUAGCCGAAACAGUCAUUAAGACAAUCGAAAAUUUAAAAUUAAAUGUAUCAGAUUGUCGUGGACAAUCAUACGACACAGCAAAAAAUAUGACAGCUCAUUCACUUAAUCUUGUUGGUACGGAUGGAGUUGAAUGUUGUAAUGAAGCAGCUACAUUUUUUGGACUAAUGCAAAACAUCUAUGUAUUUUUUUCAAGCAGUAGUCAUAGAUGGGAUAUCCUCAAUAAUAUGGGGUCGAAAUCACAUACAUUAAAAGCACUUUCGAAUACGAGAUGGUCAUCAAGAGAUUCUGCUUGCCUGAGUUUAAAUGAAAAUUGGUCUGCUGUUGUAGCUACAUUAACUUAUAUAAUGGAUGAUCACACUGAAAAUAAUAUAACUAGAAAUGAAGCAAAAGGACUAAUAAAUAAAAUGAGUUCAUUAGAAACUACAACUACUUUAAUUAAAUUAAUAGAGCACACUCGUAAAAAUUUUGAUGAUUUUGAAACAGAAGCAUUAGCAAAAGCAGUUAAUAAAGAUUACAAAAUAAAUACUACAAGAAAAAAAAAAAAAAGAACGAUUUUUCACGAUGAAUCUGAAUCUGAAGAAUAG